ACUGUGGAGGAGAAGCAGGACGGCGAUGGGACAUCCGCUCUCACAGCCUCAUUAUCCGCAUAUUACCGCCGUCGGGGCCGCUACAAUCGCACAAAUGGCAUUACAGGGUGCGUGAAGGACUUUGUUAUCCGGACUUGUAACCGAGCGGUAAAGUUUCGGUCUUUUAAAAGGUAAGGGAGUUGAGUUUAGCGGCAGGCGGGGGCCGCUAACGUUAACGUCAACGUUAGCUAACUUCGUGACAGCCAUGGAAGAUUUUGGAUCGGCGCUGGAGAAGAACGUGGCCGACUUGACCGUGAUGGACGUGUACGACAUCGCGGCGGUGGUGGGCCAGGAGUUCGAGCGGAUUAUCGACCAGUACGGCUGCGAGGCUCUCUCACGGCUCAUGCCCAAAGUGGUCCGGGUCCUGGAGAUACUCGAGGUCCUGGUCAGCCGGAACAGCAUCAGCCCGGAGACUGAGGAGCUGCGGCUGGAGCUGGACAAACUCCGGCUGGAGCGGAUGGACCGAAUGGAAAAGGAGAAGAAACAUAAAAAGGAACUGGAAUUGGUCGAGGAUGUGUGGCGAGGGGAAGCCCAGGAUUUGUUGUCUCAGAUUGCCCAGCUGCAAGAGGAAAACAAGACCCUCCUCAACAACCUGUCUGUCAAAGACUGUGCAAUGACAGAGGAGGACAUUCAGAGACAGGAAGGUAUGUCAGAAAGGGAGAGGCAAGUGAUGAAGAAGCUAAAGGAGGUCGUGGAUAAACAGAGGGAUGAGAUUCGUGCCAAGGACCGAGAGCUAACCCUAAAGAAUGAGGACAUUGAAGCACUGCAGCAGCAGCAGAACCGGCUGAUGAAGAUCAACCAUGACCUGAGGCACAAGAUCACAGUGGUGGAGGCGCAGGGCAAGGCUCUGAUCGAGCAGAAAGUGGAGCUGGAGGCUUUUGCUCAGGCACGGCAGCAGGAACUGGGGAGCCUGCGGCAGGAGGUGGCCCGACUUAGGGAGCGGCUGCAGGGCGAAAAGACCAGCUCUGAGACUGAGGAGCCCCCUGCACCACCAUCACCUGCACAGAGCUUACUCCCUGAGCCUGUCCCACCCAGGGAGCAUCCCCACUCCCUUGCUGCUUGUAUCAGCCAGGCAUUUACAGAUGAGAACGAGGAUGAGGAGUAUGAGGACGAUGAGGAGGAAGAGGCUGUGUUGCUAUGGGAGGCGCUGUGUGAUGAGGAGGCGGGUCUGGAUCCAAAAGAUCCAAAUCGCCCACGCUUCACCCUGCAAGAGCUGCGAGAUGUUCUGCAUGAGAGAAAUGAACUGAAGGCCAAAGUUUUCAUGCUGCAAGAGGAAAUUGCGUAUUAUAAAAGUGAAGAGCAGGAGGAUGAAGCCAGCCUGCCCACUCCAGAUCCCUCCCCUACGCUUAGACCCCGCUCCAGAGCCAGUCAGCCAGAGUCUGGCAUAAAGCGCUUGUUUAGCUUCUUUUCCCGGGACAAGAGGCGCAGCUCUCAGAGGGCACAGCUGGACAACAGCUUCGGCUCGUGGGCCAGCAAUGAGGAGGUUUACACAGAGCAGGCCCAGGAGGCCUUACAGCACAUGUAACCUGCUGGACAGUGACAAGCACAAAGGCCCUCUAAUCGCUAACCUGCACCAUGUGACAAGCCAUACUUACCCCCAAUUAUGGUCAACUCACACAUCCCUGCAACCUGCCAUUAGUGGACAAAGAAAGGACUCACAAAGGGACACAGGGAAAACGGAGCAGCUUAAACUUAGAUACGGUUAUACAACACUUCCACCCUUGACUUAUCCCAAAGAGAUCGGGAUGUCAAGCUUCAUUUUUAGUUCUCUUUUAUUUUAUUUUGGUAUAACAAAAUACCACGUUACUGUAAGUAGACAAUGUUGAAUAGAAAGACUUCUGAUACAUUUUUGAUGUUUUAAAGAAGUCAGAAGGGCUGAGGAAGUCAGGGAAGGAGGUCAUGUUUUUGUGCCUUUAGUAGCUUAGAUAGUAUUUUGAUUAGGGGAUUUUAUCACAUUCUUAAAUUCAAAUUGAAUUAUGAAAUGAGGCAAUGCCUAGUGAAAAGACAUUUGCCAGUAGUUCAGCAUAAAAUCAGUUUUAUUCUUUUGGUAUGCCCAUUGUGGAAUGGUGCAUUAUGAAUAGUGUGGCAUUUUUUACAAGUUUAAGCACAUGGGAAGUGUUGAGAUUUUGCACAGUAAUCACGUUGCCACACUGAUGCUGUGGAACCUGAGGCCUGAAACAGUCAUGGCACAAUAUUCUUGUUGGAGAUAAUGUACAGUCUAGUAUUACUGCAUAGCUCCACUGUAGAAACUAUUUAAAGUCAUUUAUGAACUGCUGACUCUCGAAAGUCAUCAGUGAAUGUCCUUCUCCAGCUUUUGUGCAUUCUUACGACUUGAGUGGUGCUUUCACUGGCAAUAAUAGAAAUGUUUAGUCAAAGCAUGCAAAUGCGAAUUCAGUCAUGGCAAGAUAUACUGACAAAAGCUGCUUUGUGAACUUGGAAUCAUUGCCGGUGUUUUUUUUUUUUUUUUCCACAUUGUUUUAAACAUGCAUCCAGUGUAGCUGUAAAAGAUUUCAUGAUUUGAUAAACCAGAAAAAAUUCAUACUACAAAAUAUGUACUAAAGGAGAAAACAAAUCCUUGUUUGUAUCAGUGCAAAGAGCAAUGCUUCAUAAUUUCAUCUCAUUGCAGAUUAAAGCAUUUUAUACAGCAUA